CCUAGCCCGUUCUUCUCUAGUGUAGAGGGGCUGAAUAUUGAAAGGGUGAUUGUGGAGUUGUUGGUGACUGUCGGGUUUUUUUUAUUAUUAUAUUAUUUUCACUUUAUUUUUAAAUAUCCAGGUAUAGUGGUAACCAAGGAAUUUGAAGGCAUCGGUGGUAGAGGGGUGAGUCAGCGGGUGGAAGAGGACUAGGAUUUGGUUCCUCGGAGAGACGGUCCCCUCUUCCCACGCCAAAGAGGCGGCAGGCGGCUCCGGGAACUGAAGCCCGCCCGCUCCUCCCCAGCGCGGGAGCGGCGGCAGCCUGUGCAGGCGUGCGGCAGGGCCGGGUGGGCGAGGCAGACUCCCCUGGCCUGCAGGUAUUGUCCCGAAGUAGGAGAGGACGGGUUUCUGCAGUGGCAAGCUUUUACCAUCACCUGUGACGGCCUGAACUCGUGGUUUUCACGGAGGGCGCAGGAAAAGAAGCACCGAUGCGGCCACGGUCUCAGCAAACGUUUCACCCCUUUUCUCCCGGCCUGCGUGCCUAGAAGCUGGAGCUAGCAGGAGCCUACGGUGGGCCAGGAAACCCAAGGAUAACUGAGGGCCGUGAGCAACGACCAGAUGCAAAGGGCCCCUGUCUUUGAGCAUCGACGGCUGAUCUAUACUUGCCUGUGGUUUGGGGGAAGAGUGGAGCUGGAAUUUUCAAUUCCAAAUUAUGUGCAGAAUGCCCAGUUUUCUCCCCACUAGGACGGAUCAGACGAUACAGAAAAGAGGACUCUGGUAAUUCUGGUUUUGCAUUUUGCAAGGUUUCUCCUCGAGCUUUACGUCAAACGUCAGGUAGGGAGGGAGUUGGGGUCCUGGCCAGCGCAGUGAGUGGAGAGGUUCUCUGACAGCCUCGCGCGCCCCUGGCCAUGUUGCCUUUACUGCCCUAUGACUUAGCGUGGCCCUCCCAGGGUUCCCAGGGCUGGCCGGGGUUGUUCCCCACCCGCGCAUUCUCCCUCACCCCCAGCCAAACUCAACUGGCAGGGCUCCGCCGAAGCGAGACCUUUUGACUCCAGCUCCUUCACUCCCGCCUCCGUCCCCCGCCCGAGGGUGGCCCUAGAGAGCCGGAUCUCGCCGGCCGGGCUGGGACCAUGGUGUUUCUCUCCGGAAAUGCUUCCGACAGCUCCAACUGCACCCACCCGCCGGCACCAGUGAACAUUUCCAAGGCCAUUCUGCUCGGGGUGAUCUUAGGGGGACUCAUCAUUUUCGGGGUGCUGGGGAACAUCCUAGUGAUCCUCUCCGUGGCCUGUCACCGGCAUCUGCACUCGGUCACUCACUAUUACAUCGUCAACCUGGCUGUGGCCGAUCUGCUGCUCACCUCCACGGUCCUGCCCUUCUCCGCCAUCUUCGAGAUCUUGGGCUACUGGGCCUUUGGCAGGGUCUUCUGCAAUAUCUGGGCUGCAGUGGACGUCCUGUGCUGCACUGCGUCCAUCAUGGGCCUUUGCAUCAUCUCCAUUGACCGCUACAUCGGCGUGAGCUACCCGCUGCGCUACCCGACCAUCGUCACCCAGAGGAGGGGCGUCAGGGCUCUGCUCUGCGUCUGGGCGCUUUCCCUGGUCAUCUCCAUCGGGCCCCUGUUUGGCUGGAGGCAGCCGGCCCCCGAUGAUGAGACGAUCUGCCAGAUCAACGAGGAGCCCGGCUACGUGCUCUUCUCGGCGCUGGGUUCUUUCUACGUGCCGCUGGCCAUCAUCCUGGUCAUGUACUGCCGGGUCUACGUGGUGGCCAAGAGGGAGAGCAGGGGCCUCAAGUCCGGCCUCAAGACCGACAAGUCCGACUCGGAGCAAGUGACGCUUCGAAUACACCGGAAAAAUGUCGCGGCAGGAGGCGGCGGAAUGAGCAGCGCCAAGAACAAGACGCACUUUUCGGUGAGGCUCCUCAAGUUUUCCCGGGAGAAGAAAGCGGCCAAAACGCUGGGCAUCGUGGUCGGCUGCUUCGUGCUGUGCUGGCUGCCCUUCUUCCUGGUGAUGCCCAUCGGGUCUUUCUUUCCUGAUUUCAAACCCUCCGAAACAGUUUUUAAAAUAGUAUUUUGGCUUGGAUACCUAAACAGCUGCAUCAACCCUAUCAUCUAUCCAUGCUCCAGUCAAGAGUUCAAGAAAGCCUUCCAGAAUGUCUUGAGAAUCCAGUGUCUCCGCAGAAAGCAGUCUUCUAAGCACACCCUGGGCUACACCCUGCAUGCCCCCAGCCAGGCCCUGGAGGGGCAGCAAAAGGACAUGGUCCGCAUCCCCGUGGGAUCCGGGGAGACCUUCUAUAAGAUCUCCAAGACGGACGGGGUCUGUGAAUGGAAAUUUUUCUCUUCCGUGCCCCACGGAUCUGCCAGGAUUACAAUGCCCAAGGACCAAUCAGCCUGCACCACGGCUCGGGUGAGAAGUAAAAGCUUUUUGCAGGUCUGCUGCUGUGUGGGGCCCUCAGACCCCAGCCUUGGAGAAAACCACCAAGUUCCAACCAUUAAGAUCCACACCAUCUCCCUCAGUGAGAAUGGAGAGGAAGUCUAGAGGACAGGAAAGGUCAGAGAAAAGGGGUGACCCUAGGCUCCCUCCCCACUUCCCACACAGAAGGCCACUCACCCUUCCUGCAGGACAAGAGGGCACCAUCCAACACAGGCCCAUCUGGGAAUGGGGUGGGGGAGGAGACCCAACUCAUCAGGCAGCAGGUGGGUCUCAUGGAAGAGGCAGGAUGUCUCACCACCACCUGGUUCAAAAUGAGCCAGAUGGCAUUUCCCCCAAGCUAAUAUCUCUCAGUCAUUUUCUGAAUCUGCUUUCCACAACUGGCCCUUUCAACGAAAAACACCAUGGGAAACAGAAUUUCAUACACAAUCCAAAAGACUAUAAAUAUAGGAUUAUGAUUUCAUCAUGAAUAUUUUGAGCACACUCUCUAAGUUUGGAGCUAUUUCUUGAUGAAAGUGAGGGUAUUUUAUUUUCAGGCUAAACCUACUCACAGCCACAUUUGACAUUUAUGGAGACACAGGGCCGAGAGAGGAAGAACCGUAAGAUGGCGGCCAAUACCCGGGCACGUUCUUUUAGAUCGAGUUUUAAAACUCCAUCAUUUCUUAUACAACGAGUUUCUCAACUUGGGUGCAACUGGACAGUGAGAUUUACCCUUGGCUGCACUUUGGAUAUUGUUCCUUGUCCCCUAAAGGGACAUUCAUGUCUCAGAAUGAGACAGAUACACAUUCUCUGCCAUUGGGCUUGGAGAAUAUGGAAAGAACCAAGCAGGAAAAGCAGACUUUUCCCAAGAGACAUGAGGCUCAGUUUUGCAAGUUAACUACUAAGGACAGAAAUCCUUCCAGAAGCUCCCAGAUUAGAUGAAAGAAAGCUCCUUCUGCAACAUUUAAAUAUCAAGAAGUUGGGGUGGGUGCUCAUUUCCUCCUAAGGUAAAGAUUGCCAAAUUACUCCACAGCAUUUUUGAUGUGGCCUAAAAAGACCUUUCUUGACAAAUCACUUACCUUUUCCAGAACUCCAAUUUGAAAAUACAGAGCUCAUUCUCUUUUGACUUCCAUUUCUUUUUAUCUGCUUGCCAACUGCAUAUUGAGGUGAGGUUUACCUGGGUUGUAUUGGAAUGAGCCCAAGGUCCAGGUAUAUCCUUCCUGAACUUUGAAAGACACUAAUGCUCAGCCUUGAACAUGGAAUGACUGAUGGCCAAAGAACUGCCCAGAGCAUGAGUUUGCAAACAUUUUUGACAAAAACCCAUCUAUCCUGGUAAAAGAUCCAGUAGCCUAUUCAAUUUCAUCUAUGCCUGCUUUCUGCAAGAACCUGGGGAGCAUGCUAUUUUUCAAUUAUAUAAACACCGAAUUUUGACAAACCUUAAUAACUCAGAUGACUGCUAAUGACGGAGAUGGUAACCAUAUGUAAAAAUUCAAAUAUGCCUGUCAUUCCACAUUAAGAACUUAAAAAGUAGGAUUUAAGAAUUCCAGAGCAGGUUGAAGGGGAUACGUAAACUUCCAGCAAGGCUAUGGCCCCAGUAUCUUUCUCUUCCUUCCUUGCUGCAAGGUGCUCGUUUCCUUAAAUCUUUCUCAAAGGCGACUCUCUUUCCACGCUGCAACGGAUGGUCUACAUGCAUGUGGGUUGGGGCUUUGUGGUGGGUUGUGUUUGGAUUUUGAGUAGGACUGCUUCCUCGGUGUUAUUCUGCCUAGAGUCCUCUGAUUGUCCAGAGGGACGAAUAUUUGGCCUUGUGUUCAGAACUUGGAUUCUGGCACUUAGAAGUUGGCUGGAUUUUUAGACUCUCCUGGUCCUCUCUGCAUGUCCCAUAAUGCUUCUACCAGAUGUGUCCUUUGUAUUCUCAAGGCAGGCAUUAGGGAGAACUGGAAUAUGCAGGCCUCACUAAUUUCUGCCUUGAUAGGAAAGAUAAGCCCUGUUGUCCAGAGAGCUUCUUUCAGAUUCUGAAUUGGGGGUGGGGGUGGGGGUCAUCACGCUUGGCCCUGGUUUCCCCUGCAGGAAGGGUAUCCUCAUAGAUAAUCACUUUUCUUCAGCAAAAUGUUAUCCCAUGUUAGAGAUGAUCUUUUAAACACUUUUACAGAUAAAUCUAAAUUUUAGAUAUGGGAAAAUGAAGAGCACCAAAAAGUCAGCAUGCCACUUUCAAUCAAAGUAAACCCCUAAGAAAUCUUUUGACCAUCAGAUAAAAACCAUGACAAUUGUAUUCAUGUAAAGUUAUCCAUAAAUAAUUGUCUGCUCCACUGUUCUCCAGCACCACUCUCUCUGUGGAGGCAAACUUUUCAUGUUUUUUUUUUCUUUUCCCAUAGCAUGAUAACUGGUAUAAACAUGCCAAGAAUUGGUAAUGUCACCCAAAAGUUAGUAACAAUGUGGAUUAAACAAUACACAAGUUAUGUUUUACUCAUCCACAAAAAUAUCUGUACUUUUAAGCAUGCCAAAAAUUAUCUAAAAUUGUUACAGCUAAACAAAUGAUUGUCAUAUUUAUACUCAUAUGUUUACUGUUUCUAUUUGGAGUGGGAGGAAUUUACCCAGAGUAACAGUGGUUACAAUGUUUUCUCCAAUGUGUUAUAAAAAGCAGCUGCUCUGGGAUUGUCCCGACAUCACAAGAAUCGAUGUUGAUGUCGCAUGGGAGAGGCGAGAUGGGCCUUGAUUCUGCAGAUCAUAUUGCAUGCGUUGAAAGGGUCCUUGAAGUUCUUUAUUCAAAAAUUUCCCCAGACUAUUUGCAAGGGUUUCAGAAGAGCAUUUUACUCACCCUCCUUUUCUUCUCAUUUGCUUCUGGGGCGAGACCUGCAUAGGUCCUCAUACCCACACUUUUUUAAUAUGGUUACUUGGGAUUGACUGCAAAUUAACCUUGGCAAGUAGACUACCAAAUCUCCAGUGCAGCCAAGAGCAGGUCAUCAUCAGAAAUUUGUAUCUACAAUUCCAUCAGACCACACCACUUUUUUAGGGUUGAUUAUCUAGAAUGUUGUUCAGACCUUGCAAGAAGGGACAAGUAUACCAACUUGGGAGAAGAUGGGCACAUGAGAGAAUGCAGAAGAGGCUUCAUAGGCCAAGAAUGGAAAACACAGUCAUGGCCAGGACACCCACUGGGAGGUGUGUUGAAGUUAUUGAUUACCAGCCGUGGUUCAUAGGAACACUCUGGAAGUGUAUUUUUUUUGAGAAAAAUGAAUGUAAACAGAUCCAUUGCUUACUCUCACGUGUAUUCCAACUUUUUUUUUUUUAAUUUUGUUUUGAGUUGGAGAAAAGGGAAGGGAUGAUAGGUUUUCCACCAUGAAUUGCAGAGAAUGUGUUGAGCAUGGGAAACUCAUGGAUGCCACUGUGAGAGAAGGGUUCAGAAUGGUGAUUGCCAGGUUGCCAGAGACCCAGGCAAUCUGAGGCACCCAUUGGCAGCUGUGCUACUUGCUAGAUGGCAGCCCCCUGCCUCUGGAUUUUCUUUCCCAUAUGAAAGCAGCACAUCACAACCAUCUUGGUCUCUCCUCUCUUCAAUGUGCACCAUCAUGCAGAUCUUCUAGCUUCAGUGGGUCUCUUGGUCAUGGCCUGGGGUGAGAACAUUUGGGGAAACUAUUUGCUUGGGCAAGUAAUCAUUCAUCCUUUAAUGACAGCUACUUAGUCACAGCUGGACAAACAUUCUCAGUUGCUUCUGGGGCGAGAUCUGCACAGGUCCUCCUGCCAAAAAACGCUGCCUCUUUAUGUGAACAUUUGUUGAUGUAUUUAAGGACAAGAGCUCUGCUCAUCAACAAAGCGGGGAGGGGUGGCAAUCAAGGGGAAGUCAAGCAGGUGGAAGGCAAAUCUCCUAGAAAAAGCCAGGGAAGGCAGAGGUGGCACACAUGGAGACAUCAGAGCUGUACUCACUCGACCCUCUGAUCUCUUUUACACUACUGGGACUUUUAACCAUGAAACCACCUGUACACAGCUCCCGACGAGCCCAGUUGGAACACUGUUGCGCCUGCUCCGUGUCUACAAACUAAGCUGUGGAGCAGGGCUGAGUCCACCAUCUUCCAAAAGCAAUGGCAGCAGUGGCCUCUGGCCCUUCAAAGUCCCUGCAAGAUGAGUGAGUGGAAAUGACUGUCACCCAGCUGAGCCAGGAAAACAAGUUACGAUGUCAGCAGAGGACCCUGGCCCCUUGCCCGCGUUGCCAUCAGCACAAUCUUAUUUUUGAUCCCCAGACCCAAAUGUCAUGUGGGUGGACUGGGAAUCGCUGCAUCUGCUCUGGGUAGGACAAUGUCAUUUCUUCUUCACCACUGCAGCCGGAUUAUGGGUUCUCCCACCUGCAGGGAAGGCUGCAGGGUGGCAGGGGGGCUGAGGGGCAGGGCGUUUAGUGGUGUUUUGCUGCAGCUAAGAAGCAAGGAACUGCCGUUAGGCUGGAAGCUUGCUCAUUUCAAGAGGCAAAAUGAUUCCUUUUCCUUUCCCUGUGGCUCAGGAGUUUCUACAUUAUCUCCCUCCAUAUCAUGUUCAGUGUGGACAUGUUAUAAUCUGGAAAUAAUUUUGGCCAGACUAGGAAAGCCACAGACUUCAUUAGGUAAAAAAAUCUUAAAGCAGUUGUAUACUGUAUUUAGAGAAAAAUAUGCCGAGGGCAUGGGCCUAUUAGACAGCCUGAAUACAGCAGGUGCAUUUGAAUGUGAAAGAGAAGACGUGAAGACUGAAAAGCCCAAUGUGAGUUUCUUAUUUUCAUCCAUGACUUUGCUUUUUAUUUGUCCAGGUGAUUUCUCUUAUGUGGGGACAUUCCCAUGUGGCAGAAAGAGAAGCAAGGGCUUCACUUGGCAUAUGAAGAAAUAGGGGAGUGAGCCGAGGGGUUUCUUUGAAUAUCCCCAUAUUCAGCCUCCACCUCCUUUUUCAACGACACCUCCAUGUCCCCGAGGUCCACAACCUCUAACUUUCCUGUUUUGCCCCUCCAUCUCUAACCCAUAAUUCCAGCUGUGUUGGCACCUGCUCCCCUGCUCUCUCUGGCAGCACAGUAUCAUCCCAGGGGCCAAGUGCAGGUUUGUCCCCGUUUCUCUCCAUGGCUACCAGACAGGACAUGUAAUUCUGCUCCUUCUCCCUAGCUAGAACACCACGGAGUUAAGGAAAAGUUAGGAAAGGAGGCUCUUGGUUUGCUCAAUUUGGUGGCAUGUAAGCCACAGUCAGCAAUGACUGUCACCAUAAGGUCCUCAGGAACACAAAGUUCCCAAAGGGAAUCACGGGAACACUCCUACUCCCAGUGAGCCUGCCAGUCACUGCGGACACUGAUGGUCAGCAGCAAACUACCUCCCUGUGCCAAGCACUAACUUGGCAUGAAAAUCACAGAGAGGCACAGACAGCUCCCAACUUAGGAGCUGGAUGGGUUCCAAGUUCACCUGCCUAGAAAUCAAGAAUGAUUUUCCAACAGGCAUUGUUACACAUGGGGAGGGGAGGGCUGUUCCCAGAUGAACCAAAAAAUAAAAGUCUAUUUAAUGUUCACCAAGACUUGGCAAACUUUUUCUGUAAACAGCUAGUUAGUAAAUGGUUUAGGCAUUAUGAGUUUUAUGUUCUCUAUCACACGUAUUUCUCUGUUUGGACUUUUUGGGGGUAGGGGAGAUCAUCCUUUAAAAAUGUAGACCCAUUCUUAGCUUGAAAAAAAAAAGGUGUGGGCCAGAUUUAGCCCAUGAGGAUCAAUUUGCCACCCAGCACAGCUUCCAGCACAGUACAAAUAAUAGGAAAGAGUUUGGGGUGUUCAGCAUAUAAACAUUUUUUAAACAUGUCAUUCAUUGACACAUCUCCACUUAGCUAAAUCAAUGCUCCCAACCUGCAUGAGUUGCUAGUCAAAGUGACAAGUUCAGGUCCCAGGGUGAUUUUCUGAGCAGGUGCAAAAAGCAGAGGUGAGACCCUCUGCACUCCCUCACUGUCCCUCACAGAGCAGACAGGUCCACAGGAGCCCAGGUGAAUGGGUUUCUGGCUCAGCCCUUCACCUCCUGGGCCUGACUCAGAGAACAGCCACAACUACAUGCCCCUUGACCAAGGCUAACCUCAAAUUCCUCCAAGCCCUUGGAAACUACUAAAGGGAAGGUCCACAGAAGUCUUUGGGGGCCACACUUGGCUCCUUGGAGAGUCCUCCUGACCACAGUGCCCUGUACCGGGGCAUUUGCAAGCCCUGCCUGGAGCUCACUGAGAGUCAUGGGGUACAAACGGAGGACAUCUGCCAAAGGACAAGCAGAAGGAGGAGCUCUUCUUCUCCUCUUCUUUUUCCUGUUUUUUCUUUUUUCUGUAAGUCAGGGGUCCCCUAACUGGGAAAGACGUGGUGUUGCUAUGGGGAAAUGUAGCUGGCCCUCCCAGGCACCAAAGCCAGGUUCCGAGCGAGGUGUGUGCUGGGGAGCACCCUGCCCUUCCCUCUCCAGCCCUGGGGGGUGCUGAGGGGCAGAAGGACAUUCCCAAUUGGAAAUAAGCUCUGUGCUCAUGGCGCCCGGUAGGGUGCCUGCAGUGCUGAGGAGAUGCCUUCACUGGGCCUGGGUGCAGUGGGUGCAGAACUGCUAGAGAAGGACCUGGAAACAUUGGGGCUCUUUUAAUGACACUGCUGCCUCCUUUGAGUACAAAAGGGGAGCUUUGGAUGAACACUGUGCGGCAGGGGCCCUUCCCCCUCCCCUGCUCUUGAUCUUGCCUUUCCCAGCCUCCUGUCCUGUCCCUUCCUCUGUCUCCAUAACUCCACCCUGAACUUCCUGCUGACUUUACUGACCACGUGAGAUGUUGGGGUAGGCACCCUUCUCCGUGGAAUGUUCUGCUCUGGGUGACAGGACGGGGCUUCCCUGAGUAACAGCCCUGACUCAGUGAAUUCUGGUCCCUGCAGCCUCCCUGCCCAGGGCGGGGGACCUGUCCACAAAGGUGAGGACGUUCUCAAGGCCCCAGUCCUCAAGAACAUUCACCCUCUCCUUGUAUUGCUGUCUCUCUGGGCUUACACUGUUGGUUCCAAUGAAGGUGCCAACACUGUGUGUGGCCACGUGUUAGAAAACAGCUGGUGGUCAGAGUGGUUCCUGGUGUUGCUGACCACACUCCCGGGGUGGGCACCUCUUCUGUUGCCAGUAGUCGCCGCUCACUGACAAUUCAGACGUCUUGAACUGAGCCUCGCAAAGUCACCUUCUGUCCUCUUGCUCCUCAUCUUUUGUCUCUUGCCUUUAAUGUUUCUUUUCUGUUGGAUUUUCCCUGGGGCCUUCGAGGCCUUAAUUCAUCCUAUAAAGUAAACCUGGCUCCUUUAGCAUUGGGCACAGGAGGCACACCCCAGGCAAAACCGUCAGCUGGGCAGAGAUGUUCUUCCCUUCUGGGCUCUGCUUCUUCUUCCUGUCCCCACCAGCUCAUCUUUGACUGGGACUUCUUCACUCCCCUUGUCCUUGCAUUGGGAACUUUUCUGCCCCAAGAAAAGAGUCCCCUCCCACCGAGUGUGUUCCGGCUUUUGCUGCCAUGGCUCCAUGCAUCUUUAGACCCCCGUGUUCGUCCAGACCCAUCAUUACAAAGCACUGCAGACUGGGUGGCUGCAGCCAGACGUCUCCUGUCCUACUGCUCUGGAGGCUGGAAGUCCAAGGUCAAGGCAUUAGCAGGUGGUUUCUUCAGAGGUCUCUCCCUGUCUUACGCCGUCUGUGCAUGCACAGGUCUCUGUCCCAACCUCCUCUUCUCAUCAGAACACCAGGCUUAUUACAGCAGAAUCUACCCUCAUGACCUCCCUAAAGACCCUAUUUUCAAACACAGUCCUGGUGUGAGAUAAUGGGGGUCAGGGGUUAGGAUUUCAAUAGGAAUUUGGGAGGCACUCAGCUCACCCAUAUGAACCUUCCCUGCUCUCUUUCUUCUAAUAACAACAACAACAAAAAGUAUCCAUAAUUCUUUUCCCAGAUCAGAAGGUCAAAUUUGGCCCUUUCUGAUUACCCCAACCCCUCCCCAAGUUCUUACACCAAUUCUCUGUAAAAUAUAUUUGUCAAUUAAUCGUGCACUGUAUUUUUAAAAUCCAUAUCUAUUUAGUGUACUUUAAAAUGUGAAUUGCAUACACUGUGCAUAUAUAAGUUCUGUCUACUCAACUAGAUAAAAACUCCUGGGGAGCAUGAAUAGCCAUGUCAUUUAAUUGGACUAAGACCCCCAGUCCCAAGUAGGCAAGGAGAGAGAAGAGUAGACUAGGGUCUGGAGACCAGGCCCAUAGGGACAUGGACAUACCCCGGAAGGCCCAGGGAAAAGGUUGAGGAUCCUGGGGUUUCUGAAAAGUUAUAGUAAAGCCAUCACAGUGGUGCAUGCCUUUAAUCCCUGUGGCCUGAGAGGCUGAGGCAGCAAUUUAGUAAAGCCCUAAGGAACUUAGCAAGACCCUGUCUGUAAACAAAAUAUAUAAAAAGGAAUGGGGAUGUGGCCCAGUGGAGAAAUUAGGUUCAAUCCUGGUGUUAAAAGAAAAUAUUUAAAAAAAAAAUCAUAGUAAGAUCCUAAUUAAGGGGAAGAUCACAGCCGUGGAGACUCACAGGCCAGCAGCCACCUCAAGUCAGGGGAUAGAUGAUCACCCCAGAGACACCGGCGCCCAGGAAAGCAGAGCCCCCUCCCUGAAUGUGCAGACCCCAGACCCUAAGGGCAAGGUGGAGUCAAGGACCAGCUGCAGUCCAGUCCUGAGAACCAGAUCUGGGAGGACCUUCGGGAGCCUGUGGUCAACCCAGGCCUUCCCAGUCUCAGGUGGAUUAAGGGUAUGUCGAUGGGACCUGCCCGACUUCAGGAUUGGCUUGGAAAAUGGGUACCCAGGGUGGCUUCUGCAGGGUCUUGAAGCACCUUGUGUGCCCACCUGGCCUUUCUUGUGAAAUUCUCCUAUUUCUGUUUCAUCAGCCUCCUGAGCUAUUGUGGACAUAUUCCUUGCCCUCCCAGCUCCACCUGACAGCCACAGAGGGAUAUCUCCUCCUCUGCCCUGGUUCCCGCUGAGAAGCGGAGGGCAUUUAUCCUCAUUAGGAAGACUCAGGGUGCUGACACACAGCAUCUCCUGGCUGGCGUUCUGCACAAGAGACAAGGCUGCUUGGGUUUCCCCUCCCCCCCCCGUCCCAGGGGACUCUGAGAUUGCAAUUGUUCCUCGUCCCCCAAUAUCAACAGCAAGGAAGCACCCCUAUUGCUAGAACAACACCGCUCAUCAGCGUUGGUCCAAUCUAGAAAUAAGGGAAAGAAAAGUCACAUGAAAAGCCAGGGCCAACAGAAGAAUUCAGUGUAUUCAAGCCAGAUGCCACCCAAAUACAGGGUGGCAUGCCUGUAGCGAGCGCUUACUGAUUUAUCCACUUAAAGAAAAAUUGUCUUUCUCCCCUAACCUGGGUCUGCAUCCUUUAGCUCAACCUGGCCUCACCUCUCACCAUUGCCAUCGCCAGGGUUGGUGUUCAUCAAACACCAAGCAUGGGGUGAGGACUUUUUGCCCCCCAGUGUCUUCCCUUCCCAGGGCCCUGUGUCAUAUGGGAGAGGACAGUGGUGGUAAAGAGCAGAGACGGAGGUGACGUUGACAAACGGUAGGGGAAGGAGCAGUUUCAAUUUACAAAUAAGGAUGCCCAAAUUCCAACCAACAAGUAGGGUAGCUAUUAAAAAUAUGCUAGAAAGCAUUUUUAUGAGCAAAACAUACCAGCAUUGCAAGUAUUUAAGUAACAAUUUAUUGCCAGUUUUCUACAGACCUUUUUUUAAAAGAGAUAAACAUUGAUUAGAAAAUAAUUGAAUUAAAAAGUGGAGUCCCAUGCUGGCUGACCCCUCGAUUUCAGCAGUUGGCAACCAAACAUGUCACACAACCCCGAUUCCUAAACUUCAGUGGAGAGCUGACAUGGGCAGCCGGAGUUUCGCUUCCGACUUGAAAGCCCAAAGGAAAGUACUUGCCUUCUUCAUAGGAUGGGAAGGAAAACAACUAUCUUUGUAUCUGGGUGUAAGAAGUCCCAGCCGUUCGCUUUACAACAUGUCCACACAAACUCAACCCAACCUUGCUGACAAUGAAAAUUCAUCCCUAACACGCACCGAUGGUGGGUCAUACAGAGAUAAGGCUUGAACUAUACAAGCUCUCUUUUUGGAGCACCUGCUACAUGCCAAGCCCCGUGCACACUGUGGGAAGGUGAGGAGCCAGAUCUCACAGUCACAUUCCCAAAGAACAUUCUCACAGAGAACAGUGCAUGAGAAGAGGAGGGCAGGGAAAUCUGUAUGGAGUCAGAGAAAGAGGGAAGAUGGGAAAAGGGGGACUUGCCUGCCCUCCCCUGGGGCUCUCCUUGUGUGAGCUCUCUACCUGCGGAACCUGACCUCCCCUGCCCUCCCAGAGCCCAUCACAGGAGGGCAACUAGAAGGAUCUUGAGAGCAGUGUGGUGGGAAGAGCUGAGGACAGGGUCUCAGAUCUGCCUUCCGCACUGUCUGCAUCUCUCAGUGACCAGGCAAGUCUUUUGACCCCUCUGCCCCCGUGUCUCACCUGUGAACUGGGGAGCGGGUGAAGGUAUGCAGGAAGAUGCCUCAUGUGCUGAUAAAACCUAUGAAAUUCAGCAAGCCCCCAACACACGCCAGACACACUCUCUCCAGGUCCCCAUUUCCCCUCCCAGUUGCUGUCCACCUAAGACGAUUACAACACAGCUUACCUGUAUCUUCAAGCCCUGAAAGAAACCACAUGCAGGAAGAGAGAGGCUGGAUCUCCCCCUCCUUUGCUCUUCAUCUACUGCAGCUUUACCUGUUGCCAGAGGUUGAUUUGCACUCACUGAACACUCACUUCUCUUUAUCUAGGCAGGAAGUCACAAGCAAGCAUGUGCCAACCUGGGGCGCUGACAUGUCUAACUCAGGGUACUAAGCAUCAGAUUCUCGAUUAUCCACCUCCAGCUCCCAUGCUAUUUUAUUUGAGUUGGAAAUAUUCCUCCCUGGAUUUUUUUUUUUUUUUAUCAGACUCCUGGCACUACUUUGAAGCUUUCCACCAAAAUCAGGAUUAUAGACACCCAGAACAUGGGAACAUGGGACCGGGGCUGGCAUGUGUUAUCUUUCUCCCACCAGCCACUCACUGACAUUAAGAAGCGUUUUAUGUUCUUGCGGUUGUCCUGUGAAGGAUGCUACAUAAAAUGCAGUCGUUCUAAAAAAGGUGUGGGUGUGAGUUUCCAUAACCGACGUUAUGGAAAAAAGAAGUUGUUUUGACCGCUGGAAGAAGGGACAAGAUUUGACACAAAGCUGAGGUUUAGAAUCAUCUAAGGAGACAGGGCUGAGCACUUCCUGGUAAGUGUCAGAAGUGAAAGUUUACAAGAAAAAGCAGUCCCCCCCCCACCCCCCUGCAGUUGUGAACAGAGGGAGGUUUGAUUUUGUGGAAUUGAGCCCCUGUCCUGGGAACUCCAGAGCAAUCUCACUUCUGAUUUCAGACCUGCCCCUUAGGUCCAGGACUGUCGUGGAGCCUUGAAAGGGUCUGCAGGAAGCUUCUGGGCAGGGGGUUUAGCAGCAAAGUCCCCACCGAGCUCAGCUCAGCAGGGCUCCGUCUGAUGGGGCAUUCAGCUCUACCCAGAGGCUAUCAUUAGCAGGGACACAGCCACCAUCUUCCUGCCAAAUGGUCUUUUGUGACUCAGAACCUCAAACUUGCUUUAAACGGAGGAGAAAGUCACUUUCAGAGAUGGGGUUCUUGGCCCAGCCCUCCUUUGGAUAAACAGAGUCUAUGACUAUUUUGGUCCUCUGGGUUUUAAGAAGCAGCUGCUAAGAUAUGGCAAGAGCGAAGGGAUCAGUGUUGGUCCAAAUUAAAGUGAAGAGUUUCCAGUUCUUUCAGGGUUGGAGGGGAAAAAAAAAAGCUAGAGCAAUAUGUCACAGGGAACAGCACGUGGCUGGCCUGGAAAGGGGGAAAUGAGCGCGGCUUCUGCUGAGAUGACCCACCCCUUUCCAGGUCUGGCCUGCAGAAAUGGAUACUUCAGCUUUGGAGUAAGAAUUCCCACUCUAAAAAACAGAUAAAAUUUUGAUCACAUUGAUGCAUGAAGCUUAGUAUAUUAAAAGUAGAAUAUGAUUGUUUGAAGGUCAGUCCACGUUGUUUCAUCAGGGGGCAUUACCCCCAUUACGAGGAAUCAGCUCCCUGUCCAUGAAUUCCAUCCUUCCUGCCUCAUGAAGGGCAUGCAACCCUGCCGUCAUUCCUGCUCCCCUCUGAGCUUUAGAAUCCUCCUCGGGAGCUGCCAGGUCUUGCUCUAUCAAUGCUCUGUCAAGUUUCAUCUGACUGUAGCUCGAAUCUCACGUAGGACUGAGGUCCCCGCUGGAACAAUGGCCUGAGUUUGGAGAUGUCAGCUUAGCAGAACUCCCCCUGCUUCUUCUUAGAAGGUAGAUGCUUGUGUUUCCUGAGUGUCCCUCAGAUUCUAGCACAUCCACAGAAGUAGAAGAAGCCACACUACAAAACAAAAUCGCCUUCUCCCAAAGCAGCUGCCAUUGCAUAAGGCUGCUCUCUCAGGCAUUUACCCAGCCUGUAAUACCCAGUGCAGACUGACUGUGCACCAGGACCUGGAGAUUAACAAUGGCAGAGACACAGUCCUUGCCUCAAAGCCCCUGCAGCCCAUGGAGAGCACAGCCAAGCCAACAGGUACAGGAGCACGUGGCAAGCGUGUGGGUCAGUAUCCAUGCAGUGUUAUAGAGACCUGGAGGAUGGUGCCUCCCAGCCUCACUGGGGCUUCUCAUGAAUGGUAACCUUUAGUGGCAUCCCUAUAAAACAAAACUGAGUGGAGAGCAGAAGGUGUGUUGUUCCUGGCAAGGAAGGAACACAUCCAUGCCAAGGCCCUGGGUUUGGUGAAUCUCAAGCAUGUGCUGGGAUUGCCCCCUCUCACUCUACCAGGAGGGGAAAAAAAUCAGCCUUGCUGAUCAUGGUGGCCAGUCCCCGAUACCUGUAGGAAAAUUCACCUUCUUUCUGUUUUGAGGCUGAGGAAGAGCUCACUGGGUGAGUCUGUAUGUACAUAGCGAGCACAGGACUUCCCUAACAGAGCCACCGUGUUUGGCUUGACUGAAGAUGGAAAGGCCUUGGUCUUCCAGUGGCCCGAUUCUCUGUUCUUCAGGUUGAGCACAGCAUUGCAGUGGGUGGCUGAAUAAGAAAAGAAGAAAAGCUAUUUCUUUCUCUUUGUGCAAAUAAACAUUGCCUCAAAUGUGCUAAUCCAUAGAACAACCACACCAUUUGGAAAAUCGAACACAAGGCAAUUCUGCAUUAUUAAAAGUGGAGGAAUUAUUUGCAGCAAGAAAACAUUGUGCAAGGUGUUUUAAAAAAGAAAGAGUUCUGUCCUACAAAACAAUGCAGGAGAAAAUGGCUUCACAGAGGACCCCCCUGGUGGGCUUCCCUGUCCUCGCAGGUCAGCAGCUCUUGCUAAGGGGCUCCUGCCUAGCAGAGGUGGCUGGCAGCUCACUGCAAGGCAAAUGCAGCAGAGGUGGUGGCAGAACAGAAGACUUGGAGCUGCACUCCGCCAUCAGUAGCAGUUAGGAAGGAUGUAACUUACUGGGGCGAAGGAAAGCAAAAGGCGAGGCUCAUUUUCCCUGUGAAAUUAAAACCGAAGUUGAGUGAACAAGACAGAUGCAUUUAAACUUGGACUCUGCGACACUUCCUGACUCUCUCCAGCUUUUCUGCUUGUAUCCUCCUUAGGUCUGCUCAAAAUACAAACCCAGCUUGUCCUCGUCGCCCGAGAAGUAGACGUGGGCUGGCUGGCUGAUUUUAGCUGCUAUGGUUUUCCUGUAACCUUUACAACUGUUGUGAUAAGUGAGAUCCCUGUGAGGUAUGAUGUCUAGCUGCACCGUGUUUGUGAGCCAUGCCCACCCGCUCCAAGCUUGCUGUUCCGUCAGUCCAGCUGACAAUCUCAUUACCUUCCUUUCUAUAUUAAAAAAAAAAAAAAAAGUCUGAAUCAUACUGAGAGUUUGGUAUGUGCUCUGUGCUAUACGAGAGAGAAUUCUCUCCUGCAUCUGAUUAAUAUGUUCAUGUGUGUGAAUUGUUAUACUUGAAUUAUCUGCACCAAUUGUAUUAAGGCAUAUAUCUGACACCCAGGCUGUCUACAAUGGCUUCAAAACAUUUUAUUUCUUUUAAAUGGACUGAAAUUUGCUUGGAAUGUGCUACUAAGUGUUCCUGAAUUUUCUACAUGCUAUUUUUACAGGUUCAUUUGUUUAUAAUGUGACAUGGUGAUCAUGUUGGUUUUCUGUUCUAUUUUUCUUUGAAGAAAAUGAAUGUACAUAUUUCAAAGCAAAUGAAUAAAUUAUUGAGAAACUAUAAGGAUCAUGCCCAUUGUUGAAAGUGAAUUUAUUUUAUUUGUUUAAUAAAGUGUUCAAAUAACAAGAAUUUAUAUUGUCCUUAUUCAUAUGGAUGCCAUGUAUUUAAGUGUUGUUCGAUAUUGAUAUAUGUUCUCUAAUAAAGUAUUUAAGCCUC